AUGGCAUCACCCCGGGCGCCGGGGCGGGCGCCGGGGCCGCGGCGGAGCAGGGCGGCCAGGCACCCCGCGGCGGCGGCCCGCAGCGAGCAGCGGGAGCCGAGUCCCAAAAGUGCGGCGGCGCGGGGGAGGCUCGGCCGGCGGCGGGAACGCGCCGGCUGCGGACGGAGAGAGCGGCCGGUCCGGCGCGGGAGAGCCGCCGGGAGUCCCCCGCGAGGGGACGGCGCGGUCCCGCGCUCCGCUUCGGCUCUUCCGCCGUUCCCCGGCUCCGAGCGAGCAAAUCCCGGGAGCGGCGGGGGCUGCCCGGGUCCGCGGUUCCCUCCCGGCGCGCGGCGGCUCCGGCCCCGACGCGGUGCGUCCGGAGCGCAGCGGUGCGGCCGCGCGGUGCCCGAGCAGCGCCGAGCAAACAAAGCUCCCCCUGCCGAGAGCGGCCCUUUAACGCCCCGGCGCAUCAAGAUAAAGAUGGAUUGCAUCAGGAGCCUCAAAGACCCCAGAGAGUCUCAUUGCAGGUGA